AUGUUUAAAACAACAGUAAACAAAUUUUUAAAUAUUUAUUAUCUCGUGAACCCAUUUACUAGCAUUGAUUCAGCUAUUGAGACGUUGGAUCUUUCUGAUUUAGUAAAAUUCACUGGUGAAUAUUAUUUCUCUGAAAUUCAAAAAAUAAAUCAAAACUACCUUUAUGAUAUUGUAGAACCAGUUGUACGUGUUAACUAUGCUCAAAAUUUAAAUGAAAUUCAUGCAAUGGGAGUUUAUAUUGGAUCAGCAUCUAUAGGAGCCAAAAAAAUUAAAGGAGGGAAUUAUCAAUUAUUUGAAAAAUUUGCUGAAUAUUCAGAAGCAAAUAUUAAAUUAAAUUCAAAAGUUAUAAAAAUAACAAAAAGAUUGUCAGAUACAUCAUUGAGAUAUUUGGUUCAAACUGAAGAUGGAAAUGUUGAUGAGUAUGAUGGAAUUAUCUUGGCUACUCCAAUAGAAGUUUCAGGAAUAAUUUUUGAAAAUAUUUCUAAAAUGCAAGAAAUCAAAGAGAUUCCAUAUGUAACACUUCAUGUAACAUUGGUGGCAGGAAAUUUGAAUCCAAAUUAUUUUGGUAAAACAUCAUUUGAUGACUUACCACUACAAAUAGUGACAACAAAUAGUCCAAAAGUGGAAUUCUUAUCCUUAACAACUGAAAGAAUAUUGAGUAAUGGUGAAACAGUUAAUAAAAUUUUCACUCUAGAUUAUUUGUCAGACGAAAUUUUAUCCAGAAUUUAUUUAAACACCUCUUGGAAUUAUAGAAAAAUUUGGAAAUCAUAUCCUAAAUUGUUACCAAAUCAGACUUUUCCACCUUUAGAAAUUGAUGAUAAUUUCUUUUACAUCAAUAGUUUUGAACCUUUUAUUUCUACUAUGGAAACUGAAACAGUUUCAAGUAAAAAUAUUGUCAAUAUAAUAGCAAUAAUAGAUUGUCUUCAAGAUAUUUUUGAAUAUUUAAGAAGUGAUAACAAUGCAUUGCAUUCUUGUGUAUUGGUAAACAAAAUAUGGUGUGAGGCCGCUACUCCAAUACUAUGGAGCGAUCCCUUUAAAACCCUAUGUAGUGUAGUAUUUUACAACAAUGGGGAAAAACCAGCAGUAGAAUCUAUUGGAGAAAGCUAUAACAACAAUGGUUACAAACCAAAGUACAAAGAGUUUUCUGUCUCACGACAAAGAACUGAAAGUCUACUCAAAGCUUUUCUGUACUGGGCAACCGAACAACAAAAAAACUCUUUAAAAAACACAGUAUCAAAAUUUAAAAAAAAAUCAAGGCCAAAUUUUCCAAGGACUAGAAAUGACACUGAUUUUCUUUCUUUGAUAAAUUCAACAUCAACAUCAACGUUUGACUAUCCCUUUUUCAUGCGAACAUUAGAUCUAAAACGUCUCAGCUCGACUAUAUCUAUUUGGUUAAAUGACGUAUAUGAUUCUAGCGAACCUUACUUUUAUCUUAUGAGCAUACCAAAAUCCAAACAAUGUUUGUCAAGAAUAAAUGAAAUAGAAUGUUCAUCUGAUUUUCCAAAAGAAAUAUUUACCUCUUUGUCAAAGGUUUGUCAGAAUAUUGAAAUAUUUAAAAUGACAACGAAUUUCAGAGAAAAUGUUGGAUUAAACGAAUUGAUCAAAGUUCAAAAAUGCAUCAAGCAUGUAGAGUUAUAUGGUAAAAGUGAUUAUAGUGAUCUACUUGGAAUUUUUCCACAUUCUGAAGCUUCUUUCGUAUUAUAUUCUAAUGACUUUAACUCUGUCAAAUUACACUAUCAUACAAAUAUGGUUAACAUUUUACCACGUUGUGAAAAUUUAAAAGUGUUAAAGCUGGAAAUUCAUAAUAAUUUACCCAUUUCAUUGAUCAAUCCAUUGACAAACUCUUCAUUUGUGAAUUUAAUAAGGCUAGAAAUCUAUGCAAACGCUUUAAGUUUAGGGCAGCUAUCUCAAAUUAUUGGAAACACAGAUGGAAAACUAACUUAUGUUUCAAUAGAUUGUUGGAAUUUAUCUGAUUUGGACAAAGAUGGGUUUUUGUUUGAAUCAGUUGCAAACUAUUGUCCAGAUUUACUUUAUUUUCAUUGUCCAAUAAAUAGGAUAACUCCCUAUUUAUUGGAAGGAGUCAAUAAAUUCUGUGAAAAUUGUCAAAAACUUCAACAUUUUAAAUUAGAUUCUCCUGAUGAACUUGAUUUGUCUGAAAUUUUAAACAUUUUGGGCAAAUCUGCUGGUCCUAAUGUCACCGAAUUUGGUUUUGAGGGUUCAUGGAUAGCGCCAUCUAGCAAAGUUAACUCAUUUAUUAAAUCUCGCAAAAAAUUAGAUAGACCAUUUAAAUUAAAGGUCAAUGAAGCAUUUAAUUUUAAUCAUUUACCUUAA